CUCAAUGCGUACAGAGAUCGCUUCGCUCUCGCCUCGCCUCAUCACAGUGCCAGUUAUCGAAGGAUCGCUAUACUGCGCCGUACGAGUUGUGUCUGAAGACGGGUAUUACAGCGACAUCAGCGAAGUUCACACUCUUGAGAUGCUAGGAUCAGCAGAGCCAGAGCGUGCAGCAACAUCGGCCUUAUGGUGGGGCGGCGGCGCAGCCCUACUGGGCGCCGUGCUGCUCGGCGGAGCGCUGCUGCACGUGUUACUGCGCAACCGCCGGCUCGCGCGCUCUCUGCUGCGCUUCAGCUACGACAGCCGACGCGGGCAGGCCACUAUCGGCGACCACGAUGAUGACGACGUGCCUCCAAUCCACGGUUUCUCAGACGACGAGCCGCUCGUGAUCGCGUAGUGAGGCCAUGAUUAGUCAAUAGCUGGGGACAUAACAAUGUUACAUGAGAACAAAAUACACAAGAACCUACGGCCAUCCCACACUAGCGUAAGGCCUGAGUGGACGCUCGGUCUAGGGUUGCAAAAAAAAACGGUUUUUUUUUUCUGGCUUGAAAAAAAAAACGUGAAA